GUGUACAGAAGCGUAUUUGUCAGCGAUGAACAUCAUGUCAUGCAAGAGGAGUUGAUAAAUGAGACGGAAGAAUGAAGGUCACGGGUUCUUUAAACAAUAGCCUUACAUUCAAUAACGGUUAUUGUACAAAUUAACAUAACUAGUUUUAAAAUAAGUCCAUUUUGAAUAUCCACUCAAACCACACAAACCGAACCUCUGCAGAGUUUGUAAACUACUCUUAGUGCUACAUACCAAAUAUAAUUCUUUUUUGUUGCAAUUUUGUGGGCAGAUCAGCACGUAUAUUCUCUUUGUUUUCAUGAUCAUUGUUGUGUCAAAAUAAUUUUGUUUUAACAGACAAUUCGUUUGCGCCACUGACAUUGGACGUUUGGAGGCAUUUAUUGGGUCGAGUUUUUACAGAUGGAGUCGAGGAAGGUGUCUUUAAGUGCUAAUGCUUUGAUUGGAGGCAAAUGGAGACUUGUACGAAAGAUCGGUGGUGGAUCGUUCGGUGACAUAUAUCUUGGACAAAAUAUGUUAACUGGAGAUGAAGUUGCAAUUAAAUUAGAACCUGUGACAGCCCGACACCCUCAGCUGCUUUACGAGAGCCGAGUUUAUCGAGUUUUACAAAACUCAUCAGGAGUGCCGCGGGUUUAUUGGUUUGGACCUGACGGUGUAAGCAAUCGGUACAAAGCUAUGGUUAUGGAUUUACUCGGUCCAAGUCUUGAAGACUUAUUUACUUUUUGUGGACGUAGAUUUUCAGCAAAAACAGUGUUAACUCUUGCGGAGCAAAUGUUGUGGCGCAUCGAAUGUGUUCACUACAGAGGUCUUAUUCAUAGGGACAUCAAACCUGACAACUUCUUAAUGGGGAUCGGUCCACACUGUAACAGAGUGUUCAUUGUAGAUUUUGGAUUAGCCAAAAGAUUCAGAGAUCAUAGAACAAAAUGCCAUAUUCCAUAUAGAGAUGACAAAAAUUUGACAGGUACAGCACGUUAUGCUAGCAUAAAUGCGCAUGCUGGUAUCGAGCAGUCCAGACGUGAUGAUAUUGAAUCUCUUGGAUAUGUUUUUAUGUAUUUUCUCAGAGGACACCUUCCGUGGCAGGGACUAAAGGCAAAUACUAAAAAGCAAAAGUACGAACGUAUAUAUGAGAAGAAAUUAGCUACGUCACCUGAAGCCCUAUGUAAAGGUUAUCCUGUAGAAUUCGAAAAAUAUUUGCAUUUCGCUCGUGGUCUAGCUUUUGACAGCCUUCCGGACUAUGUAUUCUUGAGAGGGAUUUUCCGCCGUUUGUUUCAAAGCCUUAAUUUUGUUCUGGAUUAUGUGUAUGAUUGGGCACUUCUGGGUACAAAUUCUUCUAAUACUAAUCAGUCAAUAAUGAAUGCUAAUCCAGAGUGUGAAGAUAAUGCGAAUCAGCAUCAAAAUAAUACAGAAUGUCAGGGAAUCGAUAACACAGUGGGGGCAGCUCAAUGUGCGCUUCCAGCACCUCAAGUAUAUGGAAAUCAUAACCACCAUAAUAUACCUGUCCAGCAAUCACAGCCUCAGCAAGUGCUUCCACAUGCACAUAGCCGCGAAGGAGUUCAGCAAUCAACAUUUCAUUCUCAAUUCGUUAGUCAGUCUGGAAAUUCAGGCGCCCAAACAAAUGCGUAUAAUGCUCCUGGCACAAGUGUAGAGUAUGGUAUGCGUUGUAUGCCCACAGAAAUGCGCCGUUAAUUCCUUCAGGAUUAUACAAAUAACUUCUGCCACUUUCAGUUAAUCGCGCGUGGAGAUAGUAAACUCUAUGCUGUCAAAUUUCAUUUCUGCCAUCAUUAAUUGGAAUUUCAACUUGUUUACUCACUGACAAUUAACAUCGUUAUUUACUUGUGAAUAAUAUUUAGAUUCCCACAAAGUUCUCAUGCGCUUUCUCUACCUCUCAUCUCAACUCAAUGCUUUAUUAAAUUGAUUUCAUUUGGGUACUUAUUAAACCUGUACUCAAUACUAUUACGUUUAUGUGAAAUUAACAUGCUCGAACAGAGCACUAUCUUCCAAUGUUAACUUGGUUGACUGUACUUGUAUUCCGGUGUCCACUUUGAACAGGCUGUCUUGCGCUUCAUUGUUUUAUUGGUAUAUUAAAUGAAGUUUAGUGCAUAAUCUUUUGUUCAUACGGUUUCGUGCUGUAGAACAGUAUCAAGCAAAUUCUUGUAGUGAGCAGUUUUCAAUAUUACUCAGGUACUUCAGAACUGAUAUAAUUUUCUGUCAAAAGUAUUUUGGCACAAACUGUCAAUCAAUUUGCUUGCAGUAUUAUUAUUGUCACUUAAUAUCUGUUGUGUUCGAUCAUUUUUGUAAUACACAUUGCUUAAGGCUAUUUAUCUAGUGGUAUACCCGUUCGAGUAUAAAUUCUAGACACUCAAGAAAAUAAAUUUAUCAACACGAUAUGUAACACUCAAGUGAGAUUACCGAAUUCAUCCUGAAAUUGGACAUUUGUCACACAAUACCACAUUAAAGUAGUCUUACAAUUUGUGACAAGUUUCUUUGUUGUAAUGUAUUCUUCAAAUGACUCCGAAGAAUUCCGCUCGUCAAUGAUUUACGUUUAUAUGUUCAGUAGGUUGUUAGCUGCAUGGGAAUCAAAGAUAGUUAAUAAGUUACGGUUCGUCAGUCAAAUUGUGAUCAAUUUGUUUUUAAAUUGUCAGGUAGUAUUAUUAUCAUCAGAAAGCCAUAAGACGAAAACAAUUGAAGUUGUGCGUCUCAUACAAAAACGUCCAUAUGCCACAAUUUAAUACUAUUUAUAUGGCAGUUCUAUUAGCAACUGUAUGUGUUUAGCAUUUUUUUCAGGGAAAGCGUUUUUAUUUAACCAAGUUCCUUAAGGGAUGUAAUCAAAAGUAACUGAUUCGGUAUGGAAUAUACAAUCCUCCAUCUCGAAGGGUAAUGAAGUAAAGCAUUUAACUACAUUUCUGUGGGCUGUUUACCUGUUGGUUAUGAAAUGUACUGCACUUUCAGUCAGCGAUUGUACACUGAUGACAAUUGUUUAUAUAUAUAUAUAUAUAUAUAUGCAGUACACUAUAUACUUCGACUCAUUGAGAUUUCUCUGAGAUGACCGGACAUCCUGUUGGGAAUAACGUCUUCAUGGGCUGUUGUAGAUGAACCAUUUAAGAGGCAGCACUAAUUCACCAUAACAACAAACUAUAGACAAGGAUUGGAUUGCAUUUAGUCCCACAUGUACUGGACUUACAGCGAAUAUCGUGCUACCACAAUCUGUUUGGUGAUCAUAAUUUAAUAAAACGGGAGGAUACAACCAUUAUUGUCGCAGGCAUUCAACCUAGGUUAGUGCGAUCUCUCGGGCUUCGUUAUUAUCCCUGCAACACCAAGGCAAAAUACCUUACUCCCAUUGCCGUAGUGUAUCGCUACACUGACUUCCAAUCACUGAACACCAGGUUAAUUACACCAGUCGCGUUCUCAGAUAAUCCGUUUCAAUCUCAAUCUCUUUAUCCAGGCAAUACUUUGCUGAUGCAAUACAUUGACAUCCGCUUCACUAAAUAAUAAGUCUUUACAAUAGUAAAUGGGACAUCUCGACGGGGAUUUAAUCCAGUUCAUUUAGAAGUAAGAUCAAUCUGUGAAAGGUCUAUGCUUACCACUGUUGCGAUGUUUGGCUAUCGGAAAUGAGAGAUAGUGAGAUUCCCAUCUCUCGGAAAUGGGGAUGCCGGGAGUAUUCCUAAUAUCUAGUGGCAACAAUAUAAGUAGGAAUGGAAUCUAAAAAUGGGUUUCCAAGAGUUGUUACUCAUUUUAGCUUAAGACGGCUUCGGCGGUUUAGACGCUCUACAAAUGUUUACUGUAUGUAUAAGUCCAACUACGGUGGUGAUUAUAUUCUUGCUUGACUAAAUGUGACCACUUAAAAACAUAAAGCUGAGAUAAGGCUGCAACUAUGUAUUCUAUAUUGUGAUUAUUAUUUUGCCGAGGUUUAGUUAGUUUCAUACACUGAAAUAUAUAUACUGUCUACUUACUGUUUUGUUCUACGUGUAAAACUGACAUCAGAAGUUCAUUGCGUUUUCGUUUCUAUGAAUUUCAGUUCAAUCAACAAAGUCCAUACUUUUUGCGUGACGAAACACUGCGUUAUCAGAACAGUAGUUCGAGUGAAAAUCUUUUGCUCAGGGUUUAGAAACAGCUUAGAACUUGAAAUUAUUUGUUUAUGUGGAAUGAAGAAAAUAAAUACUGUAGAACAACCGAAGCUUGGGAUUUCGGACGUGGCUAUUUCCAGCCUGCAUCUCAACGGGAUUGUAAAUAAACCCUUCUUUACUUUUUAAUGCACUUUUACAAAAUGUUAGUGGGAUUAUUGUAUUGACCUCUUCGGCUUCUCAGUGCUUGGUGGCAAGCUGUUUUCUUCCGUUGAACUGUUUAUACGGUAUACACCUAAUUUUUUGAAGGAAACCAACAAGUCCUUUGCUCACUGGAAAUCAUCUAUUGCAAAUGAUCGUAUCUACGUUUGUGACUCACCGUACCCUUGAAUGACUUUACAGAGAUCAACUGUCAUCUUCAUGGUCACCGUUUAAUCGGCGCAUAUCGACAAGCUCCGUCAGGUAGAAACAAGUUCUUUACCAACAAUGUUUAGUGAGGCCCGUAAUUUCGUCCUCAUUUAGAUCAAACGGUGUUGUCGAAAGGGCUCUCCACUUUAUUGGCCCGAAAUCUGACUCCAAUUUGAUCGUAAUGAGGACUGUUAUUGAAAUAUAUAUGUCGCCUAUCCUCGUAUAAAAUCACCAACUUUAAUCGCGUUAUUCAAUAACGGAUUUAGAUAAGUAAAAUAACGGGAAUGGACUUUUGAAUACAUAUAUUUUGUAUAUGUAGUGAAUGGAAUAGAUAGAAGAGAAACGAUGCAGAGUGGAGAUCGCUGGUAAGCCAAGAUUGAUAAGCGAAUAAAUAACAAGGUCAGAAUGUGACUCAAGUAGAAUGAAUAGAAUGGGCUUUCCGAAAGCUAGAAUAAGGUAUAUGGGCUUAACAUAAUAACCGACACUACAAAUGCAUUGCUUGGCUGCUAUCAUAGGCUGCUUCUUGCUUGAUGCGUUUACACUGACGUAUUGUUCUUUAGCAGGCUAAAUAUUUCAUACAAGGUAAGGAAAUGGCUUACGGUCGUACCUUCGGCACAAAUGAAAUAAAAUACUUUUACAUUAAAUUAUGUAACAAUGGGACAGUAAUUAAAUAUUGGACACAAUUAAUGGCAAUACAUUUACAGUCCAUAUUCUUAAGGAAAGUGCUGCAGAAACGGACAUAAUAAACUAAGCUUCCAGACCCAUAAUACCAUUCAUAUUCAUUAAGAAAGUUCCUUAAGUCCAUUCUGACGGAUUAUGUAACGCUAUCAUGUAGUUUUGGAUGUGCUAGCAAAUAAAUCGAUAACAUCAAACACAUAGUUUGUUGCAGAAUUACGAGGCCUAAAUAAAAAAGAAACAAUCGACACGUUGAAGCUUUCCAUACUGAUGGCAAGUCUUAUGUGCUGCAUUUACGCUGAUAGUCGAAAAGAGUACUUGCCACGCAACUAGUCAUUAAUUACACACGCGCUCAGGUUUCGUAGUUGUUUGUGUGCAAAUUCUAUCUAUAGAUUGGUCAGUUUCUUUGUGAUACCUAAGUACAUAAUAUGCACUGAAUCUAUUGGGAAAGUUGAGACCAUAUUAAUUGGAAGCAUUUCUUAAACAGAAUGGGCUUGAUAGUGAAUAGAUUGAGUCUGCUGACGAAAGUCGUCAUCAGUUCGUAACGUAUAUUCACCAUUUGGAGAAGUCACCUUCCCGUCAAGCUGUCUACCAACUAUAAUACACCUGUCGCAACCUGCAUUCCAUUGCGAUUAACUGUGAACUUAAAAUCAGAACGAGUAGGUGCAUCAUAUUUUACAAGACAACAUUAUAGUUAUGUCUUUAUUAAACUUCACACUAAGAAGACCCAUGUUAGUCAUUUCUUUUAUUUCAGAGAUGUUGUCCGCAGAAAUUUCGUUCAUUUCUGCCGGUUUAUUUUUCACUCCAUACAUCCCUAUCAUGAACACAUCGCUAAACCUUGGGACAACGAUCCACUCUGAUACAGGCCAUAAACGUUGACUAGAGCCAAAUUUCAGUGUUGAAUGCUAUCAAUGUUGAUAACGGUGAUUUAUGUUGAAUAUUCAACAUAAAGCACUGUAAAGUUCGGUUACCUUUUCUUAUAUAUAAGAAAAGGUAACUGACUUUUACAGUGCUUAUAAGGACACAGACGAUAAAGAUGCUCUAAUACAGGCAUUCCGCUUUCAAAUCAGCUACAGCAAUUUACACACGGCACAAUAAAGAUGACGGCUAACACAGGGUGGAGACUGAUUGGAGGGAACUUGAUGUUCAGGAUAGAACAUGAGACGCGAAACGAAUUAGCACAGCCAGUUACUAUGGUGUCAGGCGGUCACCUUCAAGCAUACGGAAUGUCAGUGAACUAAAACAAAACCAGGGGUCAAAUGUCAUGAAGGAAAGAAACGUAGAGUAGGGUUAUCGUCACUGAAGAUGUUUUAGUGAUUCUAAUGAAAUGUGAU